CAUGAAUUGGUUUGACCCAUCAAACAAAAGCCCAUCAGCCGCAAUAUUAAAAGAAAUCAUGCGAGAUUAUCGCCUCAAAAUAGUAGAAGAAGAAAAGAAACUUAGGAAAGAUAUUUUAAUCAUGGUAAAAAGGCAUAAUGACAAGGUACAAAAUUUAUUGCAUGAACGAAACAAGAAAAUCGAGAGUUCAUUAAAACAUAAAGACAACAACAAAGUGUGUUUGAACGAAAUCGCGAAUUCUUCGAUUGUGGAAAAAGUCGAGACAUCUGAACUCUAUUCUUUCCUUGUAACACCGAAUAGCCCAUUGAAUUAUCAAAAUAAUAAUGAUGCUGAAAGCGUUAAAUUUUGUUGGUUGUCUGAACGACAAGAAAGGUUAUAUGAUAACGAAUCUUUACUAUCUCCACAUGACCUUUAUCGGAAUAAAGACUUUUGCACGUUCGAUAAUAGUGGAUCAAAUAAUAUUAGAACUCCAGAAAAUCGCAAUCAUCUAUCUGUUACGAUGCUGGAGAGAAAUGUUAGCGAUCUACAGAUCAGUAAAGAACCAUUGCCAGAAGAAUCCAUGUCUCCGGCAUGUAUUGCGAAUAGCCAAGAUCCAGAUAAUUAUUUUAAUGGUGAUGGAAUUCUAGCAUAUUCUCCAUCGUGCAAAACACCUUCGACUCUAAAGUCUAAAGAAACUGAUGUUAUUUUGAUUAAUUCGACGGACACGUCACCUGCAAGCAAUGUCAAUACCUUUGGCACCUUCAUUCAAUCAGAAAGAAAUCAGAAAGAUUGCAUCGUUCAGUCAAAUUGUAACACUCGUGAGAAGGGCGAAGAAACUUAUACAAGGAUAGUCACAUUAACCGACCAAGAAAAUGAACAAAUAUCUAGAAUGAAAAAAAUGCCGAAUUUUCAACGGAUGACUGUUGAGGUUGCGAAAUAUGGCAUCCGCCCUUCGGGAAAAGACGUAAUGAUUCGCCAAUUGGUUCAUAUUUGGAACAAGACGAAUCAAGGAGAACUCAAAGAUAUUGACGCAAGUUCCAAAGAUGACAAGUUUAACUAUAGUUCUGUCGACGAAGGUGUAGUAAACAAGAGCGAAAAUGGAAUAAUUGAAGAUAGCAACGAGAGCGAGGAUGAUGCCGACAACAUGCGCACAGCUCCACUAUUUUAUUACGAAGAAGAGAAGUACAUUGAAACAGCAAUGGACUCUCCCUUAUUUGAACAAAUAAAUAAUUACAUCAAAAGGAACCACGAAUUACGGUGUGACAUCCUCUGCUACGAAUUCGUAGUACUUGAAGAAUUACUAAAAAGAGUUACGGAGGCGGGUAUUCAAUGCACCGAACGACAACUACAAUGUUUCUUGGAUAGAUUCUCCUGUUUCUAG